UAUGCUAAAUAUUAAAGCAGUAAGUAUAAAUUUAAUGUUCAUUAAUUAACGUAGUAAUGAACAUUAAAACCUUCUAAUUCUUUGAUAGCUGAGAGGCGCCGGGACUUUUAUUAUGAAGUGUCGGUGAAGAUGACGCACUAUUGACGCGCGCUUCACGUUUGUACACACAUGACGUUACAUGAGCGUAGAGUAGUUUUACCAGGGAAGAAUUAUUAUUGACAGUUAAAGGACGAUUUAUGUAAAUCUUUGUUUGCAAACAGCCAUUAAAAGCAACGACUUUGAUUUAUUGUGCAAUAAGUGUAAAUCUAGUUUGCAAAGUCCCUAAGUGAGUGGGACAAAAGUGCAGCGAUGCUGCAGGAUCCAGCAGGUGUUUUUGUUGUGUUGUUUUGAUAGAAGAGCUGCAAUAUUGAAGCUCACAGCAGAACGAUCCAUUAAAGGAAAGCUAAUGUCUCACCUUGUCUAACAUGGAAUCGAAUGAGUUACUUGAGAAAAGGGAUAAAAUCCAGAGGGAGAUUUUGGCUCUUGAGAGUACUCUGGGUGCAGACAGCAGCAUUAUAAACCUUCUGUCAUCUGACAGCAGCAGUGAUGAUGAUGAAUCUGAUGACAGUGGACCUGAAGUUGAAGGAGUGGAGCGUGAUGACUUGGAGGCAGAGCGCCUGCGGAUACAGAGGGAGAUUGAAGAGUUAGAGAAUACACUUGGUGCUAAUGUAUUGGAAAAGAGUGAACAUGACGCUGAUUCUAGAUAUGAAGACAGUGAUGAUGAUGAGUUGGAUCUUCCUCAAAAUGUGGAGACUUGCCUGCAGAUGAAUUUGGUCUAUCAGGAGGUGUUGAAAGAGAAACUAGCUGAGCUGGAACAACUCCUCAAUGAGAAUCAACAGCAGCAGAAAGAGAUUGAGGCCCAGAUCUCUGGCCCAAGCACUUCUAGCUCCUCCUUACCAGGAAUUCCCCCUCAGAAACAAUUUCUUGGCUACUUCAUGAAGCCUUACUUCAAAGACAAACUCACCAGUCUGGGCCCUCCAGCAAAUGAAGAAACCAAAGCAAGGCUGAGUCAUGGUACCAGACCCAUUGAUGAGCUGAAAAUAAAAAGAUGGGACGGUUGGCAGAAAACUUUGCUGACCAAUGCAGUCGCCAAAGACACUAUGAAACGGAUGCUACAACCCAAAUUAUCCAAGCUGGACUAUCUGAGUGCCAAGAUGUCUAGAGCUGCUGAUGAGGGAAAAGAAGAACUGAAAAAACAAAUAGAUUUAAUUGAGAAAGAAAUUGUAGAAAUAAGUGCCCUGAAAGACGAUCAGCUGCUGGGUAAUCGCCAUGACGAUCAUGACUGGGAGAAAAUAUCAAAUAUUGACUUUGAAGCGUUGCGACAGGCUGAUGAUUUGAAAAGGUUCUGGCAGAACUAUUUACACCCCUCCAUUGACAAGUCAGUAUGGAAACGGGACGAGAUUGUUAAACUGAAAGGAAUUGUAGAAGAAUACAAUUGCUGCCAUUGGGACAAAAUCGCAGAGGCUCUUGGGACUUACCAGCGCUACAUUUCAAAGACCUUCAGAAGGAAAGAGUGGACAAAAGUGGAAGAUGAGAUCCUUAGAAAACUGGUUGAAAAAAUGAGAAUUGGCAACUUCAUUCCUUACAUACAGAUGUCAUACUUCAUGGAGGGCCGUGAUGGAUCACAGCUGGCAUAUCGCUGGACGUCCGUUUUGGAUCCUUCUUUAAAGAAAGGCCCCUGGUCCAAAGAAGAGGACCAAUUGUUGCGGAAUGCUGUUUCAAAAUAUGGCACCAAAGAAUGGGGGAAAAUCAGACUGGAAGUGCCAGGCAGGACCGACGGUGCUUGUCGUGACAGGUAUUUGGAUUGUCUUCAGGAAAAUGUGAAAAAGGGGCCUUGGAGCAAAGAGGAGGUGGAACUACUAAAAGAAAAGGUUGAGAAAUAUGGCGUCGGCAAGUGGAGUAAGAUUGCCUCAGAGAUCCCAAACCGGAUUGACUGCCAAUGCCUACACAAGUGGAAAUUACUAACACAAGCUAGUACGAGUAAAGAGCAUCAGAGUAAAGGCAUAAAAAGAAAAAGGAGGCCAACAACAGUGCCAGGAAAAAGAAAAAGACAAAAAGUAUUGAAAAAAAACAUUAAACAAGAGAUGAUCACCAGCUCCGAGGACGAAAACCAGAUAAAUAAUAUGGACAGUGAUGUUGAAUCAGAUGUUCCCAAAGAUCUGGAAAUACCACAAAAUCGGGAAAUACCACGAAAGGACUACGUACAGCCAGAUAUGAAGGAAUGGAUACCUGUAAAUGCAAACACAGUGGUUCAUUCUCUAGGAACUGUCAGGACUGUGUGGGUCUGUCCUCCUACCAUCGAGGAUGAGCUAGAGGAAUCCACUAAAAAAUCUGUCUUCAGCCGCAUUCGAUCACAGAAGAGCAAAUGUCCAAAAGUCAUGCUCAGUUUCGUGCGCAAUACUGUCCUGAACCGCUUUGGAAACGUGGAAAGAACUUAUGUAGGUUUAAAACCUACUGUCUUGCAGAGUCAGACUGACGAUGAGAAGGCCAUGCUCAAGGUGUCUCUGAGUGAUAUUAAACACUUCCUACAGUGGAAGGGAGCAUCUGUAAUUAAGAAGGAGAAAAUGACAAGUCCAAUAAAUAUAAAGAAAAGAAGGCCGGUUCAGGACAUGGCUAGCCUUAAUAAUGACCUCCUUAAAGCCAUCACCCCGUGGAUUGGUAAUGUGAUCCUGCCUGCUCCAGCGAAUGAAGAUGCAUUUUGCACAGGUGAUAUUGUUGGAAUGAAAGCAGCAGACAUCACUCUUCCAAAAACAUCAGUGUUUUCAUUUUUCCUCAAAGCUUUUCAAAUAGAUAUCAAGGGUUGCAAGAAUGUCUUUGAAAUUCAGCAAAAGAUCGACAUUAAGAAGCCAAUUGCUCAAUCUAAACCGAGAACAGUGUCAGCGAUGCUUAAGGAGGCAAAACAGAAAGCUGAGCACAAGAAACCUGCAGAACCUCCUCAACAUCCACCUCCCCUGCAGCCGGUUCUUCUUAACCUUCCCCAGCAGCCAGUCAUGCAGAUGACAACCCCUGCUUUGAUUCAUCCCAAAACUCUUGUCAUUACACAGCCAAACAAGCAGAGGGCAGUGCAGCCUUUAAUGCUUACGAAACAGAAAAUAUCUCUACUACCACAGUCACCACCACAAGCUAUAUCACAGAUUCCUCUACCACUAAUACAGCAGACAGCACCUACACAACCUGUCAUGGCCUCAACCCCCAAAUCACCAAGUGUAGAGGACUCAAACAGCGACAAAUCUACAAAACGCAUCCACAAACCUACUGAGAAAGUCCCAGCCCUAAUGGAAGAAGCUAAAGCUAAAGGUAGCAAAAAAAAGUCGCUGAAACGAAACCAAGGCAAACAGAAUGUUGUUUUUCAGACCAUUACAUUGCAGACGCAGCCAGUAAACUGGAUUCUUGCCCCCACCAAGUUGGUACAAGUAACCGGUCCACUUCCUGCUAAUAUCCCAAGCAACCAGACAUUAACUGUGCCAAACAUUUCCCCCCUGAAUAGCAGUAUUCGUCCAUGUAUCUCAACCAAUCUAUACCCAUCAUCAUCUGCCCUGGUUGUUGCUGCUUCUUCUGUCAAUCCUGCCCUUAUAUGUUCUUCAGUCACUAAUGCCUCCAGAGAUACCCUAAAGACUUCCUCCUCUGUGAACAUUAGCCCCAAAGGCAUCCAGACGCCUCUUUCACCUACUUCGACCUUAGUACAGAGCAAAAGUGUGCUACAUAGUGUUCAGAUGUUAUCUCCAACACCUAAAGAGGACCAGAAAGGUUCACACAUUGAAGCUAUGAAGAACUCCUCAGAUUCCUCUUCUGAUGAAUCCAUUGUAAAGCAAUAUCAGACAUCUACAUCAACUGGUUCCAGAGUAUCUCCUGCUGUUUUCAGUGUUCUUCCAGUUCCCUUGACUGUGGCACCUUUGGCUAGUGCACCAGUCGCAUCCAAGCCAACAAAUAAUGUUGCAGUGGCAAAGUCUCCUGGUGUUAAUGAAAACACAAUAUUGAGCCCCCUUUCUACUUCUAGAAGACCGCUCCGACCAAUUGCUCCUUCACCUCAGUUUAUAGCUCAAUAUCCUAAUAUUGUGGCUCCAUUAGCUCAGAUUGUGGCUCUGUCACCUCAGAUUGUGGCUCCUUCACCUCGGAUUGUGGCUCCACCAACUCAGAUUGUUGCUCCCUCACCUCGGAUUGUGGCUGCACCAACUCAGAUUGUGGCUUCAUCACCUCGGAUUGUGGCUCCAUCCCCUCAGAUUGUGGCUUCAUCACCUCAGAUUGUGGCUUCAUCACCUCAGAUUGUGGCUUCAUCACCUCAGAUUGUUGCUCCUUCACCUUGGAUUGUGGCUCCAUCACCUCGGAUUGUGGCUCCAACAACUCGGAUUGUUGCUCCAUCACCUUGGAUUGUGGCUUCAUCACCUCAGAUUGUGGCUUCAUCACCUCAGAUUGUUGCUCCUUCACCUUGGAUUGUGGCUCCAUCACCUCGGAUUGUGGCUCCAACAACUCGGAUUGUUGCUCCAUCACCUUGGAUUGUGGCUCCACCUCCUCAGAUUGUGGCUUCAUCACCUCAGAUUGCAGCUCCACCACCUCAAAUUGUGGCUCCAUCAGAAGUAUCUCAAAUCAUAACAUCAAGUGAACCAUUGAUCCCUCUUCCUGAUAUUCCCUCUGAUGUUAGCUUUAAUCCCCACUUGAUAUUCCCUGAGCAGUCAUCUGAAGUAGAUGACUGGAUGAAUGGAAAAGGUGGAAUUCCACUACCUCAUUUAGAGAUGUCUUUGCCUUACCUUCCACCGUCUGCCGCCAGCAUCGAAACACUGACUUCUUUGCUCAAAGUUAAACAAUCUCUGCUUGCAGCUGCAGUGAAUAUCCUGCCAGAUGAAUAUCAAAAUUACAGAGAGGAAGAAGAUCAAGUAGCUGCCAUCCGCAAAAUGAUUGCUGAAAGGUUUGCCUCAAAUCCAGCGUACCUGCUUUUGAAGGCUCGUUUCUUGUCAUGCUUUACCUUACCAGCCCUUUUGGCCACUAUAAACCCUUCUGAGAAAUGUCAGUUGCCCACAGAUAACAAUGGUGAUGAUGCUGAGGUCUUGUAUUUACAAAAGAGAAAAAAAAGGAUUCAAGCACAAGCUACAAGGGCUGAGCUUAACACAAAUGAAAACGAAGCAUCAGCAAAACAUUUCUCAGGAAUCAGGACAAAAAGAAAAGGAGUCGACGUUGAGUUACAUAAGGUUCAUCAGCUGAAUGAAUGCCAGUAGCUUCAGAUUUUGUACAGUUCAAGAUUAAUGUAGAAAUGUGUACCACUACAAAAAAUUCAACGUUAGAGUUAAAGGGACCAGUCAGAUAUUCAUUGCACUCAUUUCUUUUACUCCAUCCAUAUGCUUUGUUUAAGAACAUUUAGUGUGUCCUGACAAUUUUCUUGAAAAAAUAAGACUCCGAAUUUUGCACUGAAUUAUCAUAUACUU